ACAUGUUUGCCUUUUUAAUAAGCAUGAUCAACUGAAUAAGUCAAACAUGUAUAUUAUCUUACUGCGAUCAAGCUGGUGUUGAGAAAGCUAGAUGCUGAGAACCAACGCAGCGUAGCCACUAGACCGGGGGUCGGCAACCUGCGGCUCCCGAGCCAUUUGUGGCUCUUUCACCUCUGUGCUGCGGCUCCCUGUGGCUUUGGGAAAUAAUUGGUCAGUAUUUAAUUAAAAUGUAUUUUAUGUUAGUUUGUUAGCUUUUGAAAUGUAAUUAUGGUGAUCUUGUACAACCUAAGUGUAGCGACACAUUUCCUGCCACAUCCGAAACGGCUCACAAUUAGCCAGCAUUCCGGCUAAGGGAGAUAGCCUACGGGGGUUUGUGAGUACGCGUCUUUUGCAGCAUCUGCGUCCAUGGGGGCUGGGUUGAGGGAGGCUUAAAAGCAAGGCUGUUUAGUUCGAAUAAAGCUAUCUUUGACUGCAGUUUACUGACACCGCUACAACGUGUUUUUAUCGCUGGCUGUCCAGACGGAAGGUGCUGAAACGCUUUGUCGCGUGUCUGGAAGAAGUGAAAACUUUCCUGGGCAGCAAGGGGCUCACCUUUCCUGAGCUGGAACAGCCAGAGUGGCUGGAAAAGCUACACUUCAUGGUAGACAUGACAGCGCACCUGAACACGCUGAACACAGCUCUUCAGGGGAAAGGACGUACAGCCCUGCACAUGUUGGAGGAUGUUUUGGCAUUCGAGCGCAAGUUGACAGUGCUUGCCAGAGAUUUACAGAAAGGCACUUUGUCUCACUUCCCCAAUUUGAGAGAGUUCAAACAAGGUCACGACAUGAUAAUUUCGGAGUAUUUACAUUCUGCAAUCAUCGCAAUGCAAACAUCGUUUGGGAAACGCUUCUGUGAGUUCAGAGAGGAAAAAAACACAUUAUCCUUCCCGGUCACUCCCUUAAGCAUCGAUCCUUCCCUACUGAAUACGACUGCAUUGGCAGGUGUGAGUCAACCUGAUCUUGAGAUGGAACUGGCCGACAUAGCUGACAAAGACAUAUGGGUGUCCAAGUUUAGACGCUUGACAGCAGACCUUGAAGAUGUUGCCCGUCAGAAGGCCGUUCUUGCUCAGAAACACAAAUGGAGUGAUAUUGAAAACCUCACAGAUGACAGCUUGCGAUCCUGUGUAAAGAUGAAGGUGACAUCAUACAGCCCUGAUGUGCAGACGCUGUGCGCUGAGGUCCAGGAGCAGAAAUCCCAUUAACCAAGAUGACAGCUGGCUGACGUUAUUUUUGGUUUGCUGCUGGCGGAAAAUUUAAGUUCGGC